AAAUAUUGUCAAGUUAUAACUUAAUUAACUUAUUUAAAAUAAAACUCGCAACAUUAAACUAAUAAGCGUCUACAUUACUUGAAUGAAAGUAAUUAAAAUUGCAAUUGCAAUAAAAAAAAACUGCUAUAAAUUUCUCGAAAUCGCAAUAAUAUUACCCAGUGGUAAAUUAAACAUCCCUACAAAAAUACCAUAAAAGUACUGCACUGUAAAUUAUAUACCUAAGUCUUAAUAGCUCACAUCCUUAAACUAAUAAGCAUAUUACCGUUACAAAAACAAUUAAAAUCGCAAUCGCAAAAGCGCAAUAAAAAAUCGGCUAUCAGUUUCGUGAAAUCGCAAUAAAAUGCAGGCGAGUUGAGCACCCCUUUGCAGUUUUUGUUUAUUUGAUAGUCGAUGCAUCGCUAGCUUAGCACGCAUGAUCCAGUCGCUCGGCGCGUGCGACACGCACUCGACUGCACCGCGAUUACCGACAUCGAUUAAACGAGUGUGAAACCGCCUUAACGACGAAAUAAAGUUCCAAAUUUGAAAGUGUCACAGUUUAUGAUUCAAAUAUGUAACAUUUUAAAAAUUAGCGGUUUGGAUUCUUUGCCUUGUAUCCACUUGCGGUGCAUAAUUUUGUUCUACACGAGUCUUCCUGAUUCGGUUACAAAUACGGACCAUUUUUCACUAUCGAAUUGAAUUUCAAAUAUGUCUUUAUAAGCGGGGGCUAUGUUGUUUUGUGAACUAUUUUGAAACGAAUGCCUGUGGAGGUGGUUUAGUGCUUUGAAAAAGAAACCUGGAGCCGGAAAAUGAGAAACUUCAGUAUAUUCACAGCGCGGUUGGCAACCCUACUGGUAUUGCACACGGGAGGCGCAGGACUGGCAUCACCCACGGUAGUGACACGGCCUUCAAGUGCACAGUGGCUUCCCACAGAUAAUCAAACUGUCUAUACAUUACCUCCGGGAGAACUUCAAAGUCUGGAGUUGAAUACGUCAUCAAUAUCAGCCCCGGUUUACGUCACUGUGAGUCCAUGUACGAUGGACGUACGCUGGGCCCUUUUUAGGGGCCACAUCGGAAACAUUGAUGAUCAACUAACGUUUGUGAGGGAAUAUAUUGGUCGACAGAUGACGACAAUAUCAAUAAGCGUCUCUCAGAACGAGAGAUAUGUAUUACAGCUAUCUUCAGAAUCUGGAGGGGCGGCGGCGGUCAGCGUGCGUGGCGAGGCGCCGCGUUCCGUGCGUUUAAGACUACGCGUGCGAUCCAGACGGAGACUCUCUGCCAACUGGGACCCUAGCCCGAUAGACCCCCAAACUACAAGCUACUGCAUCGUGGCAUCACAUCGCACGAACUACACAUCUCUAUGCGCAGCCCAGUAUGACUCCAAACCUGGCACAGAUUGCAGAUUGAACAUGAGGAACGGAACUGAAGAAAACAGAAUUCAAGAUGUCUACAAUAUUUAUGAAGGAAAUUUCAAGAGCGUUUACAGACGACGGAAAUUUAGUCGAAGUACAAAGGUGUCGGAUGAAGACCCGUUGGUGGCCUGCGUUGGGGACAGGACGCAUCAUUUGAUCGAGAACCUGGACCCUAGCACAACAUACUUCGUGAGUGUUUUUGCUGUCGCCCGAGACCGCAGGGCGGGAUCCCUGCUCGCUACCGGCAGCGUCCGACCAAGGACAUCUACAGCAAGGAGUUUACGGGAAAAUACACCAUACAGAGCAGAAAUUAGGGGCAAAACUGUCUUCUAUUUUAAGGCAUCUGUGGGCUCACCUCUCUGGCUCUCCGUGGCAACGUGCGGCGGUACAGUGGAUGUCGAGGUUCUAGUGAGAGGCAAGCAGCUAUACGUCGCGAGGAAUAUAGAUCGUUAUCUUAAGUUCUCCGCAGACGCGUCAACCUCGACGCAAGAAACAAGCGAUGAAGGUUCCGUACAGUUCGACUCGAGUUCGGAAGAGGCUAAGAUGCGAUAUGUGGUCAGGGUCCUGCCAAGCCGGUGGGACCAAGAGGCAGUUGGGAUUGAGCUGACAGCAUCAACAUCCCGCUGGGGAAUCAUAGAACCGGAAUUGUCGGACGACAGUGCGACAGUGCGAGAGCUGAGGCCGAAGCGCACCUGCUCGUCCACCGACAUCGCCUUCUUACCAGCCACGCACUACGCCAAUGACGUCAUUAGGUACUGCAUAGUUGCUCGAGAGACAAGCAGUGGAGACCUGUACUCAUGCGCAUCAAAGCGAGCUUCGAGAACUUGUGUCAACCGCGUACAACGGCCGCCAUCGCGAGUGAUAAAGCAGAAAGUGACCGGAUUGAAAACUGGAAGAAAAUACGCCAUACAAGUAACAGCGUCAAGUAAAGGAAUAUCUGUGCCAUACAAAACUUUAUACAUCGACUUCUCUUGCGAAUAAUAAAUUAUAUACACAGUAGAUACUACCCGUUCGCUUCAAGGUUACCGUUACCCGGCCCACUUCCCCUCAUCACCCCCUCAAACGCCUUAUCUACUCGGCUGGGCAGCUUUACAACUAAUUUUAUUACAUUAAAUACCCCCUCCGUCGUUCCCGCUUAAUUGAGUAUCAUGACUCCUUCGA